AUUUAAUACUUUGUUUCUCUUAUCUUUUAGAAUAACGCAAUAAUAUUUAAUACUUUGUUUCUCUAACACGUGCAUCGCGCAGUACUGUACUAGUUUCAUUAAUAAGAAAGGUUUAGGAAAAAUAGGAUACCAAAGAAAAGCUCGUGGUCAAAGGCAAAAUAAGACCAACAAUAAUAAGAGAGUGAAAGGGACUUAAGGGACAAUAGGGUACACUAAAGAAAGUUUAUUGUCAAGCAUUGCAGGUGUUGACCUAAGUUGUCAUCUUUGUUUUUCAUUUGUUCUCUAUUUGUAGGCCCUAAGCUAAAGAAUUUACACUAUCAAAAAAUCUCAAGCUGGCAUCAUAAAAUAAGGAUUAACUACCUAGUCUAGUGACAUUCCAACGGUUGAUUCCUCCUAACUUGCCUAGUGACACUUCAACUGUUAAUUCCUACUACCUUUGUCUAGUGACACUCUAACUAUUGAUUACUCCUAACUUGUCUAUCCACAUUCCAGCUAUAAAGUUUAAGUUAUAUACACCAUUAGUUCAAGAAAUUUUCAACCUGUCUUAUUUUUAAAAUUACAAAUCUUAUAUUUUAAGAUGGCUUUCCAAUAGAUAUCAUUUCAGUGACAUGAUAGCGUCCAACUAUAUAUAGCCUCCUCAACAAUUCUUUUUGUAGUUGAGGCAGAAAGCACCACGCAUCUUUUAAAGUUACACAUCUUUUCUUCUUUUUGACUCAAAUCUUUUUCUGAUUGCCUGUGCUAUAGUUUUUGUCCCCUACAGUAGAAGAUGACAAAUUGGAGUAGAGGCUUUCUUGGAUUUCUUUGUCUUGCUUUCAUUUUGAGAAUUGAAGCCUUAGAAUUUCAUAGGACUGAUCAACACAGUGAAAGAAUUUCAGGAACUGCUGGUGAUGUUUUGGAAGAUAAUCCAGUAGGAAGGUUAAAAGUUUAUGUAUAUGAACUUCCCAGCAAAUACAACAAGAAAACUCUUCAGAGAGAUUCGCGAUGCCUGAAUCACAUGUUUGCAGCCGAGAUAUAUAUGCAUCGUUUCCUGUUAUCCAGUCCUGUUCGAACCCUUAAUCCAGAGGACGCGGAUUGGUUUUAUACUCCAGUUUACACAACUUGUGAGUACUUGACACCACAUGGUCAUCCUUUACCUUUCAAGUCACCACUUAUGAUGAGAAGCGCGAUUCAGCAUAUAGCUUCUAGCUUGCCAUACUGGAACAGGACACAAGGCGCGGAUCACUUCUUUAUUGUACCACAUGAUUUUGGUGCAUGCUUUCACUUUCAAGAAGAGAAAGCUAUUGAAAGAGGAAUUCUUCCAUUGCUGCAGCAUGCUACCUUGGUUCAAACUUUCGGGCAACGUAAUCAUGUUUGUUUGAAAAAUGGCUCAAUAACUAUUCCUCCAUAUGCUCCAUCACACAAAAUUCAAUCCCACUUGAUCCCUCCUGAUACACCAAGAUCCAUCUUUGUUUAUUUCCGAGGCUUGUUUUAUGACGAUAGGAAUGAUCCUGAAGGCGGGUACUAUGCAAGAGGUGCUCGAGCAGCAGUGUGGGAGAACUUUAAGGACAAUCCUCUCUUUGAUAUUUCUACAGACCAUCCAACAACAUACUACGAGGACAUGCAACGAGCUAUCUUUUGCUUGUGCCCUCUUGGAUGGGCUCCGUGGAGUCCAAGAUUGGUUGAAGCUGUUAUAUUCGGAUGCAUCCCCAUUAUAAUAGCAGAUGAUAUUGUCUUGCCAUUUGCUGAUGCAAUUCCAUGGGAAGAUAUCGGAGUGUUUGUAGCAGAGAAGGAUGUUCCGUAUUUGGAUAACACUCUCACUUCUAUUCAACCACAAGAAAUAUUGAGGAAACAGAGAUUGCUUGCCAAUCCUGCAAUGAAGAAGGCAAUGUUAUUUCUACAACCUGCUCAACCAGGUGAGGCUUUCCACCAAAUUUUGAAUGGACUUGCUCGUAAAUUACCCCAUCACAAGAACAUAUAUGGCUACAACAUCUUAUUAAACUGGACUGCUGGUCCAGUUGGUGAUCUAAAACCUUGGUAGGAUCGAGCUGCAUAUGGAUAGGUGAUUGCUUUCAUUCCUUAGUCUUAGCGUCGAACUUUUCUUCUGUAUCAGAGGUGAUGAAUUUCAUCACAAAGUGCAAAUUUAUACUAUGUGAGAGAUCCACCAGUUAUCAUAUCCACAUUCUGAGACCUAACCGUUUUACUCAUUGAGGGCUAAGCUAUCAUAAACCAAUCCAUCUAUAUUAGGACAGAUUUGAUCUGAAAGAUUAAUUCUUCUUCAUAUCCAAUUAGGGUUGGUUCUGUACUGUAGGAUGGUGAGAGAAAUUGAUAUUACUGAACCUGGGAAUCCGUAUGUCCAUCAAAAAAAUGUAAAACUAAGAACGAAGAUGAAGGAAGAAUAGUAAUUUGGUAUA